AUGGCACGUUAUGCCCAGAGAGAUCCGUGCGCCGCUACCCUCCCCUCGCCACCCUGGCCAGAGCGCGUGCGCCUGGAGGGCUCCGUGGAGCAGCGGCAGGGCCGUCUCUUUUCUUUGUGCCCCCUGGUCUUUCUGCAGCCCGGGCCUGCCCGCCUGCUCGCGGGCAUGGGGCCCGGGGCUGCCGCGUGGCGGCGAGCGAGCUGGAUGUCCGCGCACGGGAGCGCAGCGGAUUUCCACCGCGUCUCGCUGCUUCUCGCCGCUUCCGGCCGCCUCCGACUGCUUCCGCAUGCCGUUUGCUGGAUGGCAGCUCAUGGGAGCCGUGUGUGUCCUCGAAGGUCC